AUGGGGUCCGUAUCCCCUGCGACCGCCGCCGCGCUGCCUGCGCUGGCCACGAACCCCAAGUUCAUCUUCUUCACCGAUUUCGACGGGACGAUCACAAUCCAAGACAGCAACGACUUCAUGACGGAUAACCUGGGCUUCGGAGUCGAGCUGCGCAAGAAGGGCAACGCCGACGUGCUGUUCGGACGGCGCGACUUCCGCGACUCGUUCCUCGAGAUGAUGGAGAGCAUCAAGACCCCUUACAACGAGUGCAUCCGCCUGCUCCUCCAGAACAUUGUCCUCGAUUCCGGCUUCAAGGCCUUCUACGCGUGGGCCCGCGCAAACAAUGUCCCCAUCGUGGUCCUCAGCGGCGGCAUGCAGCCCAUCAUUCGGGCGCUGCUGGGCCAUUUGCUCGGCGAGGAGGAGGUGCAGCACCUGCAGAUUGUCAGCAACGAUGUCGCCCCGCGGGAGGGCAAGAGCAUCAAUGAGGAGGGCGGUUGGCGCAUUCAGUUCCAUGAUGAGAGCUCCUUCGGUCACGACAAGUCUCUAGAAAUCCGAAAAUAUUCUAGCCUGCCGGAUAGCCAGCGACCGGUCCUAUUUUAUGCUGGCGACGGCGUCUCGGAUCUCUCUGCCGCCAAGGAGACAGAUAUCAUGUUCGCGAAGGAGGGACGGGAUCUCGUCACUUACUGUGAGAACGAGAAUGUCCCAUUCACGACAUUCAAAGACUUCUCGGACAUCCUCAAGGAUGUACAAGAUGUCGUCUCGGGUAAGGUUAGCGUUAAGGACGUGGCAACUGGGCGUAAGUAA